ACAUGGCAUGCGCAGUGGUUAUGCGUCCAACAUGUCAACAUGGCGGACACUUUCUUUGGUUUCAAUCCAGAGAUUCCUGCCUUUGAGGACGAGGACUUGUCCGAAUUAGACCCAUCGCUGACGAAUCUAGAAGAGGGAGCUAACUAUGAUCAGCUAAAUGACGAUACAUUUGGAGCAGGAGCUUUGGAAGAUGACUGGGAAAUUGCUCACAGAAAACUAGCAGGUAUACAGAAUGAAGAUGCAGCAAGAGCAGAUUUUGAUGAUUGGCUCAGGAAAAAGGGACUUGGAUCAGAGCAUGAUGAUCCUAAAUCAAAGUUGUCAAGAGCUGUUGAGACUGCUAAUGAUGAUGACUCUGAAAAUGAGCUAGAUCGAGAAGAGGAAAUUCUUGAGCAGAACUUAACCAAACUGGUUGACGAUGAUGAAGGUGACUCUAUACCCAUCCCCAGAGUCUCAUCAAAGUACAAGGACAUCAAACACCCAUCAGGUAUAAACCCAGCUUGGGAUGGCACAUCACCUCUCUCCAGUCCAACUUCAGCUACAUCAUUACAUGAUCUGAUAUCGCCAUCCUCCAGUAUAUGGGGCUCACCUUCCAAACUUGAUAAAGAAAACACAAACAAAGGACCUGGGAAUACUCAGCCAUCACCACUACAAGAGAUACUAAAGGCAGAGGGAGAAAGGAAACGCAUGCCAAGAAGACCUUUCUCACCAGCCUUUGAGGAUGACUCAAUUGUGCAAGCUGUGCCACGCCAAGGCCUUGUACCACCAAGUCGUUUUAUGAAGAAGCCUCAGCCUGUAAAUGCAAUAAAACUGGAGGACUUAGAGAAAGAACUUACUGGAACGGAUGAUGCUCUGCAACAGGUGCCAGAAGGGCCAAAACAGACACCUCGCAAGUUGAUGAUUGGACAACCACCUCCUGGUAUUCCAAGACCUAUGAUGACACCUCCAGGCUUUCAUUCUCCUGCAGCCAGGAUGCACACACCACCAGUACCUUCCCAUAUGUUUCAACACAGACCCAGUCCAUCCAAGCACCCCAUUCCAAGUAUGCCUGGAAUGCCUGGAACUCCUGGAUUGCAUGGAAUGCGUCCUAUGCCUGGUAUGUCAGGCCCAAGUCCUCACUUGAUGCGAACACCAAGAGGGCAACCUUUUCCAAGACAUCCAUAUCCCAUGAUACACUCCGAUCCUGGCCACAUGAUGAUGCGAGGGAACAUGAUGAACUUUCCAAUGAGUCCACAACACCCUGGAAGGUUUGUCAGCCCUCAGCUUCACAACAGACGAUUUCAGGACCCAAGACAGAACUAUUCAAGACAACAAUAUGACAACCGAUUCUCCAAUGAUAAUCGCUCACCUAGACAGCAGGACAGGGGUGAACACCAUCACCAGUUUACUGAUUUAGAGAGGAAAAUUCACAGUAUAUUGAAUACAGUUGAGAGUGGCCCAAGACAAGAUGAUCCAUAUGCCGGUCUCAUGACAAGAAGAGAGAAGGAAUGGUUGAUCAAGAUUCAGCUACUUCAACUAACAAGCAAUGAACCAGAACUAGAUGAUUAUUAUUUUCAAACUUAUACAAGGAGAAAGGCUUCUAAGGAACAGGCAAAGCAAACUGAAGGUGUACAGCAUAGUGAUCAAGAUAGCAAGACAGGUAGAGAAACAACGAAGAUGGCCUUGCCACAGUUUGAAAGAGAGAAAAAGAACUACACUCCAAUGGACUUCCAAGGUACUUUAGGAAAGGUGUCCUCAUCAUCUGUACUGCAUCCAAGGCAAAUGGUGGAUUUGAUGCAUAUCAGUAAAGGAUCAGAACAGGAAAAACAAGGCAGUUCAACCCCUAUGAAGGACACAAAGAGACGCAGCCAGCUGCUACUUACUAUAGAAAAGAGCUAUGAUUGUGUUUUGAAUAUUGAAAGUUUAGAGAAAAAGUUAAUUCAUGUUGAAGAACAAGAAAGGAAUGAACUCUUCGAAACCAGGCAGCUCACUGUGACAAAGCUGUUUAACCUGUUGAAACUUUCUGUUGAAGAUUCUACAAACUGCGAUGAUGAUUUCUUUGUACAAUUUCUAUCAGUUCGUAAAGGAAAACUUCUUCUCAGUAGGGCACUACCCAUGUUUAACACGGUUCAAAUGGAGGCGGUGCUAUUGGCAAUUACCAGGAAUAUUUCAUUACUCAUCAAAAAAGACUUCAGUGGAGAGAACUUGCAUCAUUUAAUGGUUCCUCUUAAUCGAGUGUCAGAGCUGGUGUCUCCAUCGGUUGUCAUCCGUUGUCUUCAACACAUGGUGUUCGCACCGAGUAUCUCUACCUCUCAAGCAUCCCCCCUUGGAGUAGUGCUGGUUAAUCAGUUUGGUGUCGGAAUUUUAAGCAUACUACUAGGAAGAGCAGCUGCCAUAUCAAACGGUUUAACUGAAUCAGAUGAUGACAUACGGAAAUCAUGGUUGAACAUCGUGUCUCAAGUGGCAAGUGAGUUCCAAGAUGUUCCUGUGAAACAAUUGGGAAAAAACCUUGAAGCGGCAGACACAUUAGUGGCUUUAUUGUCCAGUUGCACUGAUGUCCAAACCAAGGCAUUACUACAAGAACACUUAAGGUUGGCUGCUUCUGCCAAGUCAGAGAUCACCGCGUAGAACACAAGCCAGAUUUUCAUCUGCAGGCUAUCAACCGAAGUAGAUCUAAUACAUUAAUUAUAAUAAAUUGAGAAAUGAGUAAUCACGCAAUUGAAAAAUUGUGCGAAGAAAUUACUCUUUGUGACAGAUGCUUGUUUUUUGUUUGUUUGUUUGUUUUUUUGCACUUUCUGGUAGGUUCUUUUGCUAAGUUAAAUGGUGUAAACACAACCCAGUUUGUCACUGUUAGAACCUAUGCAACUCACUUCAGGGUGUUAACAUGUAUUAUACUAAUGCUAUAAUUACUAAGCAGUACAGUUUAUGAGGAGAGAAUAUGGCAAUCAAAUAUAAAGUUUUAUACAUCAACAAAUUAAAGAGUUGCUCAUUUUUGUGGCGACCAGACGAAUCACUGUUGCCGUGUACAGAUUUCAAGCACUUUUGUAUUAAUUAUAUGCCUAAUUCUGCUCUCCGCAUUACAAUCGGUAUGCAGUUUGAUGUACAGAGUUUCUCAAGUUCAAACACGAACGAAGCUUUGGAGACUUUUGGUAACAAUCAUAUUGAAGAAAUUAGACGUAUGAGAAGUUGUGCCUACAAACAAAUUUCUUUUAUUUUGUGCUGACUUCUUGAGUUUAGCCCAGUCGGUGUAAAGUAUGAUGUACUAUUGUUUAAAUCAUCAAACGUUUCUAGUUCAACUUGCAGUAAUUAUUUUGCAUAGUUAUGCAAUAGGAAGACUAAGGAAACAAUUUUGCAAAAUGAAAAAUACUGAGCAGUGAUUCUUCACUUUACUGCUCUUUGUCUUUUUCGACAAAUUCAACGAUGCAAAUAAGAUUGAGCAAGCUGACUAUGUCAGGAAGGAUGGCUCAUGAUGUAAACUAUAAUUUAUUUUCCCAAGAAGACCGAGACAAUGCUAGUUUAAGUUGCUGACCUACGUUUUGAUAUUUUCUCUAUUACCAGAUAUGUUGUUGUUCAGUACAGGGAUGCAGGAGAGGCUUUUAUAGAGUUGCAAUGGUCUGUACUUUCAAUACAAAAUUACAAUUUUUGGUGGCAAGUCGCGGUACUUUAUUUCCAUGAAAAAUAAGCCUGGAAAAAGGCUAGGUUUUCCACUGAUUCUCCAUAACAAACGUCAAUUAGCGAGAGCCAAACCUUUGUAGCAAUUAACAGAAAACACUUAAACCUCUUCAAAAGAAUCUAUUUUUGAACAACUCGUAUAUAUGUGUCAUCAUCAAUUGCCUUUUUGGUUAUUCGGCCGUUUAUGAGUCUAGCUUCCAACUUGGGGCGAGGUUGUUCGAAAGCCGGUUAGCGCUAACCCAGGAUUAAAAGUAGACCGAAGAAUUAAUUUCUCUGGUACAAAAAAGUUUUUCACUGCUUAUGUUUGUGUAGUUUGAGAUCACUCAAGAUUUGAAACUGAAAGACAAACAGUAUAUACAGAAAACUUCAUCGAAAAGUUAAGAAACUCAAACCAAAAUUCUCGCUAAUCCUGGGUUAGCUUAAUCGGGCUUUGACCAACUCGGCCCUGAGUUACAUGCUGCUCUUGAGUCGCAUUGACCUUGAAGUCACCAACUUGGUCCGUUGGUGAAGAUUGUUCCCACUCGAAUUAUUUAUUGCGUGUACCUUGUCUUGUGCCAAGUGAUUUGUUGUAAGUAGCUAGAGCCUUGUGAGGUAACAGUUGUGAAUUAUCGUAGGAAUAGCGUUUAUCGCAAACAGAUUUUUUUGAGUGAGAUGUGUGAAUUCUUUGCGCUUGUUCGAUCAUUGUAAGCACCACAAAGAGCAUUACAUGUAAUACUGAAUUGCUAGAGCCAGGUUAUUGACUUUGAAAUAAUACUUUGAUAUUGAGAGCAAAUAAAAAUAAUGAACUGAUGAGGAGUAAA